UUAGUUGCAUAUUAGCCUCGGAGGGUGGAAAGUUCAUAUUCCAUUUCGCAAUUUUGCAAAAUAUUAAUUCAUAAAAUAUUUCAAUUCCGACAAGUCGCUAGCAAAGUCGUUAACAUCUGAUUUUGCCUCCUGGGCCUGGACCUCAACGAAUUGGCCUAGAUAAGAGAAUUGUCAGAAUGGCAUAUCCGACACUUGCCGCCUUUUUAACACUUCUACUUGUCGCCAGCUCGCCAAUUGCUGCCCAAGACAAGCAACUGAUCGUGGAUGAAAGCAACAGUACAACACUUCAACACACCAUUCCCGUGAAUCCCAUUGUCAUCCAGACGCAAUUGCAGAACUAUGAUCAGCCCACCGUGCACGACUACCAAGAGUGUCACGAAAAUCGGGAGAAAUGCCAAAAUGCCUGUCAGGCUGAUGUUGCCUGUCUAAAGGCAUGUCCAAUCUGUCCGGAUUUGAUCAAGGGUGACCAUGUGGUGCAGGGUGUGAACGAUACUCAGUCCAAUCCGUCGGCCAAAUCGUUUAAUACAACCAACGUAAUUCGGCUGACGAACCACAUACUUAACACAAUCGAAAGUUCUGGAGGCAAUGUAACAUUAAACAACAACAACGUCGUAGAUUUGCAUGAGAACGCUACAACGUCUCGUGUGGGCGGAAAGUUCGGUUUGGGCUACCACAAUACGGAGCCAUGCUGUAUCAUUGUGAGAUCCUCACAGAAUUGCGAUCACAAACAGCAGUUCUCGACGGCAUCUCGACGCUGCCAUCGCAGACAGCAUCGCGUCUGCGGUAAGCAGUGUAAGAGUCGUGUCAUGGAAGCCCGCCAGGUAACUGUCUGUGAUUCCAAUCCAGAUUUCCAGGAUUAUUUUGAUGAUGAUGAUGGGAACUAUGGUGGACGGUGUUAUCAAACGGUGAAAUAUUUUCCCCUAAAUCCCAGAAGACGAUAUUCUAGCAGACCGCCAGCUCCCAGAUGUUCCUAUGUACCGACAUGGCCAUAUAUAGCCUGUGGAGGUCCAACCAACCAACAACCUAAUUGCCAACACUGCCUGCGUUUGCCAUACAUCUACAUAUUGCACCAGGGCAUUCCGCCGCAAUGUGGCCACUGCUUCAACAGCAUCUAUAGUGGAGCCAACACCUACAACUAUCCACAACAGCAAUUUGUCAAUUGGCAAGUGCCAAUGCAAUUUCCAUGGAUGGAUUAUGGUGCCGAUGUUGGAGAUGAUUUCGACUCUGAUAUUUCCGAUGACUGGAAGGAGGACCAUCGUACCCCAUAUAAUGGCAUGGAAAAUGAUAAUUUCACCACAGAAGGACCCGAAGAAAACGAUACCUACGACUAUGACGACUUGGACGAUGGAAUGGGUCGCAGACGCCGCCGUCGCCGCCGCCAAUCGUUUUUACGUUCCAAAUAUAGCCGCAAAUACCGAAACAAUGCAUAGAGUCAUAUUUGGGAACCUAUUUCAAUACUUUCUUUUAAAUCUAUCACCGUGUUGUCCCUCAAUUAUCUAAACUUCUGUUCUUAACUCUCCAGUAAAAAGUUUAUUUGAAAUAAAAAAUAAAUUAAUU